AUCUGGCAUCACGGUGUAUAAUUUCGAGACGCAGAACGAGAUAUUUUUUCUUAUCUCUAAUCGAAAAAAUGGAUUAUUCUAUUUUAUUUAGGUAUAGUCUAAUUAGAAAGUCGCAUUCAGAGUGGCAGUAGACUAGUCUAGACAGUUUUUACUUGACAAAGUGUGCGUAGCAAGGCCCAGGGCUAGCACAUCGCGCCCAAUCGAAUCACAGCCGAUCGCCAAAAGCGAAAAUGCUUUAUUAUCUUGCAAUCCGUAUCUUCCGUUGUGUCGUUCUGUCGUAGUCGACACAUUCGCCGUCAAAAUGUUCGUCGUUAUCGACUCCGCAAUCUUCAUCUCCUAAGGCACUCCACACACACGCGUCAGCUCGUCCGGCUAGUGCGUAACACACUCCGGAACGGAACCAAUUCGCCAAAAGGAAAAUCCAUCCACACAAUAAAAAACAGAGCAGCAACAGAGCAGAGCAAACGAGUAGCCAAACGAGUGCGGGGAAUCGGAGGCGCCGCUAGCACCUAGCCAGCACAUAUAUCAUGUCCGAGAAGCAUGGCCAGCUGGGUGCGCAGUGGACGAAAUCAGCAGCGGCGCCAACAGCAUCAGCAGCAGCUCUAGCCUCGGCUCCAUCUCCCAUCCCGCUCCAGAAACUCCCGAAUACGAGUCAAAACUUUCCAGCCACAAACCAUCCUUAUGGCAACAGCGGGAUACCUGGACUCCCGGGCAUACAGCCAGCGGACGUACCGUAUAGCUCGGGACGGUUUCAGGCCCCGUCCAUCAUCCAUGCCAAGGCCUCGCCCCUGACCAUCGUGCCUGUGGGCAGUGUCGCUGGCCCCCACUGUCCCACCCAGGUCUCACCCACAAGCCACCACACAAAUGUACCUGUAACCGUGACCGUGCCUGCUCCCAGUGGUUUUGUGCCGCCGCCGUUUACAAAUGCUGGCAGUGCCACAACGUCCGUUCUGCAGGCAAAUCCGUUUGCAACGGUCGCCGGGAAUGCCUUUGCCAAUGCCUUCAACUUCAAUACGGCCCAACAGCUGAUGCAUGCCAUGAGUGGUGCAUCGGCUGUGAGUGCCACAAGCACGGCAGCAACCACACCGAACACAGCAACAGGGACGCCUGGCAUAGCGGGCGUGGGUCCUACCCAGAGGCAUCCCGUCGAAGCAGUGCCCACGACCAGUGGCGUCAUCAAUUCCACCAUAGCUGAAAAUGUAAUGAAUGCGCUAUCCAACUCGAACGCUGCCUCUGAGGAGAAGAUGCGACGCGUGAAGCAGGUGAUUGAGGCCAGUAUUGAUGACAAUGCCAAGCUACAAAUCUCGCAGAUUCUCGAACGUGUGGCGGUGUUGAAGCCCAUUGAGAAACUAUUUCUUUAUCUGCGUCUGCCGGGGGAGUGCGCGGACUCGGAUCCAUUGAGGCAGCCACAGAAUCCGCUGGGCACACGCUCUGAGAUUAAUCACACCAUUAACUGGGUGCGCUCCCAUUUGGAACACGAUGCUCAGGUCUCCAUACCAAAGCAGGAUGUGUACAAUGAUUACAUUGCCUAUUGCGAACGCCUGAGCAUCAAGCCCUUGUCCACGGCGGACUUUGGCAAAGUCAUGAAGCAAGUCUUUCCGGGCGUGCGUCCACGUCGUUUGGGCACGCGUGGAAACUCUCGCUACUGCUAUGCGGCCAUGCGCAAGACCACGAAGCUAACGCCGCCACAAUUGCCGGCACUCUGCAAAAGCGAACAAAUCACAGGAGAUGAUGCCACGGCAGCAACAGCUACUGCCAUGCCCCAGAUGAAUCACUCGCCGAGUGUUGUGCUGCCUCCGAUGGCGACUGGCGACAGCGAUAACUGGGAUGUGGUGCGCAGUUGGGCGGAAAAGCUGCUGAACACGAAACUAGAUAGCAUUGCAGACCUGAGCACGCGGAUCAAGAGCAACAAUGCCACGGUUAUGGGUGUACAUUUGGGCGCCAAAAAGUACACACCACGGGAGCCCAAAGAGAAGCGUGUUUUGGCCGAUAUGGGUCCACUGAAGAAGCGACGCAAAAAGAAACGCAAAGGCUCGACAUCCUCAGAGUCGAGCUGCAAUCAAUUGGUGGCCGGGCAGCAGGAUGCAGGCAGCAGUCAAGAUGCCAUCGAUGAACCGAAAACGGAGCAGCUGAUAAAGAUCAAGCAGGAGAUUUUAGACUCACCCGUACACCAGUCCCAGUGCCAGUCUCAGUGCCAGUCCCAGUCCCAAUCCCAGCAGCAACUGCAGCAGCAGCCACCAAUGAGUUAUCUACAUCAAAUGAUGCCCAUGAACCUCGCCACAGAGCAGCGGAGCAACAGUGCGGUGCGCAAUCUGACGCCCAAGAUCAUGGAGUUGGGUGUGGUGCCGCCAACGGUUGUGCUCACACAGCAGCAAGAUGAGCCAUCGCCCACAACUAUGGUGAUCAAGGACGAGGUGGAGGACUACAAUACAUCCAAUAUAUUCUGCAAAAAAGUGCUUAAGGCGCAACAAACGAAAGGAUUUUGGGCCAACUCCCCGAGCAGCGGUACAACGGGAGGCGGGGGAACCUUGCUAGUCCCUCCCGUGAUCACAACGACAGCGGCGACACCACCGCCACCGGACAUCUCGCCAGGACCCAUGUCCAUGGGGCCGCCAGCGCAAAUGAUGAUUUCCAGUUCGGUGAGCCCCUCCAGCAGCAUGGACAGCAACAACACCACACCGAAGGUGGCCUCACGCAACAUGAUUCUGCUGCGUGCAAAGCGCCUGCUGGCGGCGGAGAGUGCCGCUGCCCUGACGGCCGCUGCAGAGGAUUCGGGACUGCCGGAGAAUCUGGGUUUGCCCAGGGAGCGGGUGAUUAGCAUCUGUAAUAUGGAUAAGCACGAGCUGGACGACUACUUCCUGCCCGUUGAGGAUGAGGAGAACUCCGAGGAGCCCGACACCGAGCUGCUUCAAUAUUUUCAGAUGGGAGACGCUGAGGAAAAACAACUGAAUUCCUUAGAUGCUGUAGAACAGAACAGAAAUCCACAAGGAGCACCGACAACAACGUCGACAACGACAACGACAACGAUACAGGCGGGAAUGGCGCCAGCGAUGCAACAGCAGCAACAGACCCAUACCCAGCAGCCUCAGUCGAAUCGUGAAGCCACAGCGGCCAUGCCCUCGCCACAGGGGGGACUGGUCGUCUCAUCGACAUUGUUGCCCGGUCAAGCGAAUGUGGGUUCUGCCUCAGCGUCUCUGGCUUUAAUGUCAAAGAAGCAUCAACACCAACAAAACCAACAACAUCAACCGCAACAGCAGCAGCCACAACAUAGCCAGCAACAACAGCAACUGCUGCAGCUGCGAACCAAACAGCUGCCAAUAAAUGGCAAUCCCAACCAGAACAACAGACGAAAGAUCAGCCUGAGCAAUGCCUCCAGCAAUGGCAGCAACAAGAAUUGUAUAUUUCUGCCCAUUUCCCCCAAUAUCAACAAUGGAGGAGGCGGAGGAGGAGCACCACCACCUGCAACCACCACAACCCAAGUGCCGCAGAAUCAGAAUCCAACAAAUUCCAGUCAAAAUUGCUUUGCCAGUCCUGGCGUCACGCGCAUGCGGCAACGUUCUAGUUUGCUAACCAAACAGCAAUCCCUCGACUGCGAUGGCAAUCGAGAUCCCAUGAUUGGGGCAACGCGUAGAAAACGCUGCUAUGUCUAUAGCUAUCCCACAAGCACCUCAGCCUCGGCGCCGCCAAGCCCCUCGUUGCUGCAGCAGUGCAUGGUGGGAAAUUGGCCAUUUGGUGGAUCAAACUCCUUCCCAGACACAAACAGUGCGGAUCCCAUGAUCAAUCAGAACUCUAUGGAUCUGGAGACGAGCCUGGCCCUGACGGGUGGCGACGAUCUGGAUCUGACGGAGACGCAACGCUCGCAGUCGGUGCCGCUGUCACAGCUACAGAGAAGCUGCCAUCCGUCGCCCAGCUUCAAUCGGCAGACCAGCUUUCAGGCUUCCAGCUAUGCGAGCGAUACCUUCUAUUCGGAGAACAGCAACAGUCAGAAUUCAGUGGCUGUGGCACCCCUGAAGGACGUGGAGGCUGCCGCUGCUCUGCUCUACGAAGUGGAUGUGGGUGCCAUGAUAUCGCCGAGUUUCAACAAUAAGUUCGGGAACAUUUCCCAGCAAACGGCCACCACAUGCAGCUCCUCGGCUGGCUCCUCCUCUGGCUAUAGCAGUGGUGGUUCUGCGGGCAUUGUCUCGCGCUCUGUGCCCUCCACACCGCUGCCGCAUCAACAGCAGAAUAACAACAGUCUGGCUGCCCUUAAUGGGAAUGGAAGUGGCAAUGGAGUAGAUGGAGGAGGAAGCAGCCUCAAUGCCACAAAUGGUUUCUUCAACAUCUCGCCAUCGUUCAACUGGGAAACAUCGAGCAAUGGCAUUCAAGGCGGGGCCUAUGUCUCGUACAGCGCUCGCAAUACAAUGGAUAUAUCCAAGUCGAUGCCCACGACGCCCAUAACCACGCCCUGCUUUCGUUACAGUCCCGUGGAGUUGCAUCGGGAUUUCCUGAUCAAUGGCUGCACCAUAGACCUAGGGCCCUCGUCUGCGUUUGUACCCGCGUGCAUUGAUGAGAAUCCCGCUUUGACCCUCAGCUCGGACUCCCUAAUGGAUGACAGUUCGCCCAGCAGUAUACUGGAUACCUUGUAGAAUUUGCACGAAGAGAAGGCUCAGGAGGAGAUUACAAAACCAAGGGAAGAAAAAGGAGAGGAGAAGGAUGACAAAUCUGUUGCCCAAAUGCCCGAAGAUGCCACUGUGGUGGCCUAUCUGUUGGAGCAUGUGGAUCAGUUGUAGAAAUGUCUUAUCCUCUCCCAUCCGAUCGUCUCGUUUAAUUUUAUUGUUGUGUUCAUUUCGUGUUUAGUUAAUCCCGUGCCUCGAUGUAUCAGUGUCUCUCCCGCACACAGAAUGAGCUUUCUCUUCGCCAUGAAAAUCCCAAACUAAACUCUUAACCACAGCUUAGCUUCUGCCUUUAAUUGGUUUCAAAACUAUCCAAAAUUUCCAUGCCCAAGAGAGUGAGCGAGCUGAAGCUGAAGCUUCACAUCCUCUAUCUAUCGUAUCUAUUGUUACCCUCAGGCCCCACCCCAUUGUUGUAUAUUGUUAUUGUAAUAUUAACCUAAUCCUUAAACCAAUGACGAUUGAUUUCUGUAUGUAAAUGGAUGAUAGAUUUUACUGUUGAACAAACCUUACAAAAACGAAACGAACUUAAAGUCUGAAUGAAGGAAACGUGUGCAGCGGUUUUAAAAACGGAAAACAAAUCUACAAACAAUAUGUAAUUGUAAAACGAAUGUACAUCUUAGAGAACUAAAGAACUGCGUAUUAUCUCGGCGCAUGUCGAGUAUUCCUAUGACCCCAGAACUAUUUCUAGCGUGAGAUAUUUCCGCAUAUUUAUUCAUGGGUCAUAUGGAAGAAAGUUUUAGUUAAAAAAUUGCCAGAAUUCAAUUGUGUGUUUGUAUAGUAUUGUACGGUAUUCAUUUGUUCAGAUUAUAGAUAUAGACAUGUGGAUAGGUGCCUCCUUCGAUUUUACUAACACUACCUCCCCACCCCUUGAUCGUUCUAUUACUAUACUUUCUAUCUAUGUAUCUUUUAUCUUUAAUGCUUUGAUUCUUCUUCGAUUAGUUAUAAGUGUUUGUUUGUUAUAAAUGUUUUUUAUAUAUUUUGUUCUCUUACGUGUAGUUCUCUAGGUUCUUAUCUUUACUAUUCCGCUUUGGGCUUUAUGCGAGUUCUCUAGUGUCUGGAACUCUAGUUGUAAUAUCGUUUCAGGUAGUCGCAUCAUUUUCUUCCAAAUUUUUUGUUUAGCUAUAAAAAUAUAUUUUAUUUCUUCAGAAUUUGUGUAACAAAGUAAAAAGUCUAUUACCGAACCCAAUUCCGUUCUAAGACAACAAUUUUAUGUGCGAGUAAAGUUUUUUAAAACGUAAUUGUAAACAAAAAGAAAUGAUAAAUGUGCCUCAGGCUUUAUUGUAAAACAAUUCAUGUGUAAAAAGCAUAUGCCACAGGAAAAAUAAAACAACUAUACAUACAAACAUACAAAAUGCAUAAGCAAAAGGCGAAAAAACCAGAAACCAAUAAAAAAUAUACACAUAAAUAGUUUAAUAGAAUGUUAUACGAGUACAUUACAAAAAUAUACACUCAUUUACACAAAACAAAACGCAAGACGCAAACGCUAGGGGAAACAAUUGAGUUUCAGCAGAGAAUUUCUUAAAUGCAUAGUCAGCAAACGUAAUGUAAUCAUAAAGUCCUACAAUAAUCAGAAAUCCAAUCCAAUAGACUAACAUAAACACACUACAUCCAAUAUGUAUUUAAUGUCGUAAGUAAACGAAAGAUAAACAAGUGCACGCCCUAGGAUCCCCCGCUUUCAGCAAUAGCAAACAAAUAUACUAUGCAAAUAGAAAUAGCUGAUAAGGUAUGGUAUUUAAAUGUAAUGGAACAUAUUUGUCACCGGGAACACUUUAUAGAGAUAUGAAAUUGAUAUGCAAUUAUACAGAAACAAUGCAUUCAAGUUAAAACGAACCAAAACUGUACUUUUUUAUAAGAUAUUUGAAUGACAUAAAAUACAGAAAAA